CACUCAGCACAGCCUUCUGUGAGAACACUCCCAUUCUGCAUUUCACACAACCACAGCCUGGUUCGGGCGGGAAGGGAAUUUAAAUUUAAAAUUUCAUGGCAGGGACACUUUCUGCUGUCUGAGGUUGCUCACAGCACCAUCCAACCUGGACACUUCUAGGGAUAGGGCGGCCAAAUUCCUGAAAAACCUGUGCCAUGGCCUCCCCACCCUCCCGGGGUAGGAUUUAUUCCCAGUACCCCGCUUCAGGCCGUUUCAAACACCAUCCCCUGCUGCUGGAGGGAUGCGCUUCCCCGGCAUCGCCCCGUCCCGCGGAGCCCGCCCCGCCCUGCGGCCCCGCCCGGGCGCUUCCUGCGGGAGGAGGAAGCGGCUCCCGGGCCAUGGAGCCGCCUACGAGCCCCUUCCCGGCCGCCCGGGCCGUGGAGCUGCCUCCGAGCCACUUCCCCGCCGCCAGGGCCGCGGCCGUGGCCGUGGGGUACCUGCGGUACCUGCGGGGCGGCCCCGGGCGGGGGCUGCAGCUGCGGGAGCUGCGGCGCGCCCGGCGCCAGGACAUUGAUGGUGUUGGGCACAAGUACUACCUGGAGCUGGAGCUGGAAGAUGUCCUGGACAAAGACAGGACUGUGACCUGCACUGCUGAGGUUCUCUACCACCUGGGCAGCAAAACCUCUGCUCCAGAUGUGCAGGUGACAGUGCAAGGAGAGCUCAGGAGCACAGAGGAGGCAGACAAGGAGUUCUACAAUCGGAUCAGGAGCCUGGAAAAGGAGCUUGUGGCUGAGAACAUCCCAGACAGCCACGGGAAUGUUCCCCCGGAGCUGGAGCCCAUCCACCUGCUGGCCUGGGCGGCCUCUGGCUACGUGACCUGGCAGAAUUCCACCGAAAACACCAAGUUCCACCUUGCCCAAGUGAAACACGUGAAGCAAGUGAAAAGAACUGAUGAAGAUCUUCAGUUUGACUACGUGCUUCUACUCCACGAAAUGGUGUCCCAGGAGGUGCAGCUCUGGGAGGUGACAGUGCUCUCUGUGUGUCCCCAGGAGGUGCAGCCCUGGCAGGUGACUGUGCUGUGGCAGCCCCGGCGCGGUGCCCGCGUGUGCCGGUGCCGCGCUGGCACCGCCUGAGCCCGGAGCUGCCACGGGAGGUGACAGCAGCAGAGGGAGCAACCACGGCACAGCACAGCAAAGGGAACCUUCCUGGCAUUCCUGGAUUCCCAAAGGAACUUUCCCUGCACCCAUGGGCCCAAUUCCCAGCAGGAAUACUCACGGCACGGGGGCGGAGAUGUUCUCCCUGAAGGCAACUUUGGGCUUCCCCAUGGUGCAAGGACAACCAUAUUCCCUCUCCAUUCUCUGCAGGAAAAACCCCACAGUGAUUAGGGUCAUUCCAUUGGGAAUUAUUUAGUAACUUCAUCAGGAUUCAUCACUUUUUUGAUUGGGGGUUGCAGUGAUUUUUGGGGCUUUUCGUUUUUUUUUUUUUUAAAUUAACUAAUUAUUUCCUAUCAACUUCUUUACAACCUGCACCUUCAGAUGCAGGAAAAGGAAACACUAUUAAUUGUGCUAUUAAAAUUCAAGCUUUUCAAGGCAAAAAUCA